AUGUUGGAGGUGCAACAAUCUACCCAGUGGCAAGCACAUGAGAUCAUGCUGGCUCAAGGUAUCAAGGAGGUUAGGGUCAAUCAAGGGGAACUCUGGACAAUAUCAUUCCACAACCUGUGCUUGUCAGCCAGGAUCAAGGUCACUGCUUUGCUGAUGCAACAACACACUGAUAAUGCAUUCACCAAAUGUGCCAUGCAGAGCAUCCAAAAGGUUGCACAAUGCAGGAUGUUUGACAGCAAUGUUGAAGAACAAUGGUGGCCCUACACCAUAUCACAAGCAGCAUACAUAUGCAAUUGGCUUGCUGGAACCACACAAGGAAACAAGACACCAUUCAAGGUUCUCUAUGGCAAGACCCCCAACCUAUGUAAUGUUUGUCACUUUGGAUGUAUUGCAUAUGUAGUCUUGUGUGGUAACACUAAGACAACUUGGCUCUGCAACAACCUGACAGCAAGCAAGCACCUGCACCCUUGCACCCUACAGGGCAUGUACUUAGGUUACUCAAGUGCAGCCCAUGCAAUCAAAGGACACCAGGUUUGGUUAAAGGAUCUUGAUCACAUUGUCAUAGCCAAGGACAUCUGCUUCUCAGAGCUUGAAGGUCUGAACACAGGUGCACAGUCUCUGCACACACCAGUCUUCUCUGGUGAAAAUGACUUACUGUGCUUGUACAGCUGGCUACCCACAGAUGAUGAGCUGCCAGACCCUAAUGACAAUGACAUUGUUAACCACUCCUUACCAUUCUUCUCCAGACAUAAUGACAAUGAGGAAUUGACACCCUUUCCAGAAUGGGAUCAAAUCAUGUCUGAGAUACAAGAAGCCAGUGAGAUUGUCAUUGAUAUGGAUGCUAUCCACACUGACCUCCACCACCAGCUCAAUGAAGCGACAGCCAAGGGGGGCACCAGCACAACCCCAGGUGAUCCCAAUGACACCUCACAACUUGAGUCCCCUCAAUUCAGCUCACACAAUGACUACAUGCUGCCGAGACCCAAAUCACUGGAUAACAAGAUGCCAGAUCCCCUGACCCUGUGCAGUUACAUGGCCCUCACUACAAGAUGCACCAUAGGCCCAACAACUGAGGCCCUGGACCACUACUUUGACCAGAUGGCUUUUGUGGCCACUGUAAUGGAUGGUGUUGCCCUGACAGCCAGCAGCCAACAACUCAGAAGCACAGAUGGCAUCCUGCUUAAACUGUUGUUGUUGUCAGAAGUGAAAAGCUGA